CUUAUUUUCCGUGCUGCACAUGAACGCACCACAUAAGCUCCUCGCGCUCCGCCUCAAAAACAGAAGGAAAGAGCUGAAGAUUCUGGAGCAUCUAGCUGCUCUUUCCUCCUGCAAGCUGCCGUCAGCACACCCGCAGAAGGAUGGUGGUGCCCUACGAGGGUCAGUCCUACUCCGCGCUGCGGCGCCAGUGCCAGCAGAGUGGACAUCUGUUUCAAGACCCUCUGUUCCCUGCCACUGACCAGUCGCUCUUCUACCAGAACAACCGUGUCGGCCGUGUCACCUGGAAGAGACCGAAGGAGCUGAGUGGAGACCCUCACCUGUUUGUGGACGGCAUCAGUGCCCAUGACCUUCACCAGGGUAGGCUGGGAAACUGCUGGUUUGUGGCCGCCUGUUCCAGUCUGGCAUCCAGAGAGUCACUGUGGCAGAAGGUGAUCCCAGACUGGAAGGACCAGGAGUGGGACAGUGACAAACCAGAGUCGUACGCUGGGAUCUUCCACUUUCGCUUCUGGCGUUUCGGUGAGUGGGUGGACGUGGUGAUCGACGACCGGCUGCCCACCGCCAACGGAGACCUGAUCUAUUGCCACUCCAAUGACAGCAACGAGUUCUGGAGCGCGCUGGUGGAGAAGGCCUAUGCCAAGAUGUGUGGCUGCUACGAGGCCUUGGACGGAGGGAACACGGCUGACGCGCUCGUGGAUUUCACCGGCGGUGUGUCGGAGCCCAUGAGCUUAAUGGAGAGCGGCGUGAAAGACGAUGAGGAGAAACGGGCCGAGCUGUUUGAGAGAGUCCUCAAAGUCCACAACAGAGGGGGUCUGAUCAGCUGCUCCAUCCAGGCGACCUCGUCUGCUGAGAUGGAGGCCAGGCUGGCCAGCGGGCUGGUCAAAGGUCACGCAUACGCCGUGACUGACGUGCGGCGUGUGCGACUGGGCCACGGCCUGCUGGCUUACUUCAGGUCCGACAAAUUGACCAUGAUCCGGAUGAGGAACCCCUGGGGCCAGCGCGAGUGGAACGGACCUUGGAGUGACAGCUCUGAGGAGUGGCAGAAGGUCAGCAAGAGCGAGAGAGAGCGGAUCGGGGUGACAGUGCGAGACGACGGAGAGUUCUGGAUGACGUUCGACGACUUUGUCAGCAACUUCACCGACCUGAUCCUGUGUCGCCUCAUCAACACGUCCUACCUGAGUCUGCACAAGACCUGGGAGGAGACCGUGAUCCACGGGUCCUGGUGCCGUCAUGACGACCCGCUGCGCAAUCGUGCAGGAGGCUGCACCAACAACCACCACACGUUUCUGCAGAACCCACAGUAUGUAUUCGACGUGAAGAAGCCUGAAGAUGAGGCGCUGAUCUGUCUGCAGCAGAGAGACCGCAGGGCCUCACUGAAAGGAGGCAGAGGCCAGAACCUGCCCAUUGGCUUCGACAUACACAGGGUGGAGUUGAACCGCAUGUAUCGAAUGCACGUGAAGCAGCAGAAGGUCGGUGGCAGUGUCUACAUCAACUCCCGGUCUGUCUUUCUGAGGAUCGAUCUGAAAGAGGGCCGCUACGUCAUCAUUCCCACAACCUUUGAACCCGGGCUGGAGGGAGACUUCCUGCUGCGCAUCUUCACCGACGUUCCUUCCGACUGCAGGGAGCUGACUCUGGACGAGCCCCCUCAAACCUGCUGGUCUGGGAUCUGUGGCUACCCCUCUCUGGUUACUCAGGUCCACGUACUGGCAGCUAGCGGACUCGCAGGACACGACUCUGACGGUGCUUCAGAUCCAUAUGUUAUCAUUCGCUGUGAGGGCCACAAAGUACGGUCAGCUGUCCACAAGAGGACCUGCAGUCCACACUUCGACACCAAAGGUCUCUUCUACCGAAAGAAGUCCAAACAGCCGAUCAGUAUCGAGAUCUACAACCACAACGUGGUGAAGGACUCCUUCCUAGGUCAGGUGACGCUGCCGGAUGAACAUGGUGAGUUCCAGCAGACGCUGCACCUGAGGGACAAAGGAGGCCGCAGAGACAACGACCUCCCAGGAACCAUCACCGUUGCCGUUGUGACCAGCACCACCCUUACCAACAUCUAAGGCGACGUGUCUUCAUCAGGUCCAUCCUGAACUGUACAGUCGAGAGCCAAAUGUUUAGGUUACAGGUGCGACUUGUGAAGCUUGUUGAUGUUGUCUUCUUGUCAGUCCAUGAUCGUUCAGAAUCACUCUUAACACCAGGGUAGUUCUUCAGAGGCUCUGUGGCGCAAUGGAUAGCGUGUUGGACUUCUAGUGUAGUGAUGUAGCAGCAAUUCAAAGGUUGUGGGUUGGAGUCCCACCAGAGUCGCUUUUAUGUCUGCUCAUGUUAA